AUGCAGUUAACUGGCGCAGAACGCCAAAAACGGUAUUUAGAACGGUUAAAAAUAGAGCAACCGGAGAAGUAUGAAGAAAAGCGAAAGAAACAUCUUGAUAAAAUAAAACAGCGACAAAAGAAAAUUGCAAAUUUAUCAGAGGAAGAAAAAACUAUUCAAAGAAAAAAAUGGCGUGAGGCAAAUAAAAAAAGAAAAGAUAAGAAACAGGAAUUUUUACAAAAACAGAAUGAGGAAAAACUAAAAAAAGGAGAGAAAUUCUAG